CGAAGCGGUCGCCCAGCAAAGCGGAAAGAGAAAGCCCCAAGCCGAAACAAUAUUUAAAAUAACACAAUUUCUCAACUUGAACUCCAACUCCAAUACCCGAACUCUGUAAUUUACCACAUCUGUGUACUCAGACGUUAAUAAAUAUUGGAGUCAAGCAAACAAAGCUGGGCCAGAAGACAGUGACACUUCCCGCAACCAACAUCAAUGUCAAGCGAUCGUGAAAACACUCGAUCGUUCCAAAUCCGGGGUCAGAAGCUCCAGCUCUCCGGCUGAUUAACACUCCGCAUCUCCGCGCCGAGCGAAAUAAAUAAACAAAAAACAGGCAAACACACAAAUACGGCGAAAAUACGAGCGACAAAUUAACAGAAACGCGCGGAAUAUAGAAAAACACGUUUCCACAAAAAGCGUUUGUUAACAAAAAAAACAACAACAAAUUAACCAAAUAACAAAUAACACAAAUUGUUUUCGCUUUUGUUAUUGAACACACACACGCAUUCGAAUUAAAAGGCCCUGAUUCUGGCCACUACCAAAUAUGUGCAAAAGCUGAGCUUGGAUCGAGAUCGCACGAGUCGACUUGGCUUGUAACCCGAGCAGCCGUGACCACAGAAAAGUCACUGAAGAUACUAGAUAGAAAUACAUAACUAGACAAAUACAUAUGAUGGAGCGUUCGCACAGCUGUAGUAAUUUCGAGGGUCGGACAGGAGGGGGGGCCAAGGUCGAACAGCUGGCGGGGAGCAGUGAUCACCUGCCCAGCGCCCACUUUCCGCCCAACAAACCGCUGCGAAGGCGUCGAAAACUCCAGCGGCAGCAGUCCACCGUGGACACGGAUGACAUGGAAUACGCCGCCGAUCUGGAGGAGAAUGCCGAUCCGGAUGUGGAGAACAUGCGGCCCCUGGCUGCCUUGCCCCUGCGUCACAUAUCCUCCAGCAGUACGCGCUGCCUGCGCCACGAAGAGUCCUUCGAGUCCUCCAGCACGGCGCCCGAGUUGAGUCCGCAGGCGCAGAGGCAGCAGCGCUUCAGUAGUCUGCUCCUCAGAGACAGCUCCGUUUCGGUGCAGUCCGACUCGAGUCGCUACUCCAGUGUGGAUAGUCUGCUGGAGGCCCGCAAGCCCGAUCCCGAGGCCAUACUCAUCAACCUGGGAUUCGGACCGCUCAGCUCCGAGGACAUGCUGUCCCGCAUUCCCAGGAGGUUCCUGAAGCCAUCGCAAGUACCUGGAAUCGAUACCGAUGCCUUUGUGCAAAGACUGACUUUGGCCCGAUCGCUGGCCGACUCGAGUGUUCUGGGCUACCGGGGUCUGACCGGAAAUCCCGACAUGCCGCCCUCGUCCAUUGUGGCCAGCAUCAUGAAGCGGUUCGAGGUGAACCACCAUCGCAAGAACUCGAUGGGUUCCAUCAAGCCCACGAUACAAUGAGGCCAAUAUACUCCAUAAAUUAGUCAGCCAAAUAGAGGACAUUAGCGUAGCGUUAGUUGUUGCCAAGCGGGGUUGUGACCUGUGACCCCUGUGAUCGUCUCGUCUUGUCCAUUAGUCCUUAAAAGUGCCGCGUACUUAGCUGUGUUUCCGUAUUAUUGUACCAGUUCGUUUAUUAUUAUUUUUGUCAACUAUUGUAAACUCUUUUUAAGUAUGAAUUAAAGAUGAUAUGUUAUGUUAA